AUGUUUCUAUCGUUUGCAACACAUCGUGCUAAGAGCCAGCAUUUACAGAACUCACCGCGACACAACGAAUGCCCCGAGUGCGACUUCGAUGGCGAGACGUGGGACGAGCUGCUAGAUCAUAUUCGUGAGGAAGACUGCUGCAGAGUGUGUGGAGGAUGCAACGGCGGGAGAGGGGGCUAUUGGGAGGACGACGAUGCGUAUUGGGAGCAUGUGGAAGAUUGUCACGUUUGCACCGACUGCGAUCGUCAUUUCGAGAACGCCAACAACCUGGAGCAGCACAAAUUGAGUCAUCGCACCGCGCAGGUUGAAUGCCUCGGCUGCUACCGCGAGUUCAAAACUUACGGUGGCAUGAUCAUUCAUCUUGAGUCUGGUGCUUGUGAAUCCAGUAUCGACCAUCUGGAUCUCAACUCCACAGCUGCGGAAUGCCACCUGUGGACUCAAUUUGUUUCCAAAGACUAUCGCGAUGGUAUGUUGGCCAAACACGAUCUCGGGCGCAUGUAUCAAGGAAAGGUGUACCCCUUCGAAUGCCCCAAGUGCGACUCGGUUUUCUCCAAGCUCUCGGGUCUCUUUCAGCACAUCGAUUCAUCGGCUUGCGAUCAGACGUUGUAUGAGGGUGCUAUUAAGCGCCUAUGUCGCUUUCUGCGAAGCCGAUAUGGUUAA